AUGAUGAUGCCGGCGGCGAAUGAGGCGGUAGAGCGGUACAAUGAACAGCUAGAUUGGCAAACGCUUGAGCCGAUUACCCGUGAGCAGUUGAGCCACUACACCGGUAGUGAUGGUGGCAACAUUUACGUCGCCAUUCGCGGGCUUGUUUACGACGUGCUGGAGAACCGCGACAAAUACGGGCCCGAAAAGCCCUACCAUGUGUUUGUUGGCAAGGACCUGACCAGGCUACUUGGCCUCAAUAAGUUGCGACUCGGAAACGGUGCCGCCCGCUAUGACGCUUGUGGACGCUCCGCCGACCCCGGCUACCCCGAGCAUAGCACGUUCUACACUGACGACUUUGGCGAAAAGGAACACAAUGCCGUCAACAAGUGGGAAGAGUAUUUUCGCAAACGUUAUCCCAUUGUAAAAGUGCUCGUUGAUGCUACCAGUAAUGACAGAUAG